AGUGUGUUUAACUUGUCCUUUCUUGUUAAUUUUUCCAUAAGGGAUGUCUACAAUGUGCUUUGUUUCUUAAGUUGUUGUAAUGACAGAAAAAAAAGACAGUAGAGGAAAAAGUUGAAGUACUAUUCUGCAGCCGGCCAGUUUUGGAUUUAGUAGUUGUGUUUUCCGCCAAAUGGCGCCAAACUAGUCGAUAAUAGACUGUUCAAACAUUGGGAAUAUCAACAAUCAUGACUGAAUAAUUCAUCAUAUUUUGUAUCCCACUUGAGGAAUCUGCUUAUUAUCCUCCUUUUUUGCCUCAUUUUGCUAGUAGUAUCAUGCAAAAAUGUUCAAACUUCUCACUUUUGCUUUGCUCUUCAUUUCAUUCUUUUACAUUCUUGACAAAGCUAGAUGUAAUGAAACAGUGACUAGAGAUGCAUUGCUCAAGUUUCUUGCUGAGUUAUCUAACAAUAAUAGUACAAUUCUUGGUACUAAUUCGGGCUGGAACUUGACAUCUGAACCUUGCAAGGACAACUGGCUUGGUGUUACAUGUAACAUGAAGACACUUUCUGUGGAGAAAAUCAUUCUUGACGGUUAUGAUUUUUCGUCUGGAGCAUUUGAUGCUACCACGAUUUGUAAUGUGGAGCCUAUCGCGGACACCUUUGUUUUCCUGAGUCUUGAAAAUGGCCUACUUCAGGGGAAAAACCUGGACAGUAUAGGCAGAUGCAAGCAUCUAACACAUCUUUUUCUUGGUGGAAACCGGUUCUCGGGUAGCAUUCCACAAUCAUUUUCAAGAUUGAAUAACUUGAAAAGGCUUGACAUAUCCAACAAUGAAUUAUCAGGUGUUCUGCCUGAUUUAUCCAGGAUUUCGGGGUUGAUUGAAUUUGAGGCUCAGAAUAACCAGCUAUCAGGGGAGAUACCGGAAUUUGAUUUCUCGAACUUUGUUGCAUUUAAUGUCUCUUUCAACAAUUUCAGUGGAUUGAUUCCGCCUGAAGGUGAUCGCUUCCCAGUCAGUAGCUACACGAACAAUCCUCUGUUGUGUGGCGCCCCUUUGGCAAGAAAAUGCUCAUCAUUGUCCGAAGAUUCAGAAUCAGAUGAUCAUGACAAGCCAAAGAGCAGCUUUUCAAGAGAUGAAAUUCUCAUGUAUUCAGGUUAUUUCCUGAUAGGCUUGGCUGUGAUUCUUGGUAUCCUACUAUGCGUCUAUAAAAAACGAAAGCAGAAGAAGCAGAAGAAGAAAGAAUCAAGAAUCGAGGAGAUGAAAAAGAUGGCCACAAUUUAUCAUGAUACUACUACAUCCAUGGAUCAAUCUAAGAAAGGCACAAGCAAUUCAGAUAUCUCAUCAGCUGUCAUUUCUUCCAAUGAGAGCAACACUGCUGUUUCACAAUCACUCGUGGUUCUUACUAGUCCUGAGGCGUAUAGUGGAUUGAGAUUUGAGAAUUUGCUUAAGGCACCAGCUGAGUUGCUUGGGAGAGGGAAACAUGGUAGUAUGUACAAAGUGAUGUGUGACAAUCCCAAAAUGACACUGGCUGUCAAGAGGAUUAAAGAUUGGUCAAUAUCUGGUAGUGAAUUCAAGAAGAGAAUGCAGAAACUAAACCAAAUCAGGCAUCCAAAUGUGUUGCCUGCUGUUGCAUUUUAUUCUUCUAGACAAGAGAAGCUUUUGGUCUAUGAAUACCAAAACAAUGGUAGUCUUCUUCAACUUCUACAAGGAAUCCAGAGAGACCAAACAUUUCAUUGGAGCAGCAGACUUUCUAUAGCAGCCGGUGUAGCCGACACUUUAGCUUUCAUGCAUCAGGAGCUUCAACAUGACAGAAUUGCUCAUGGAAACUUGAAAUCAUCUAACAUUUUGUUGAACAAGAACAUGGAGCCAAUGAUCGGCGAAUAUGGUCUUAUGAGCAUUGCUGAAAUCAGUACUACUACUACUACAAGCAAUUCCAAUUAUGUCUUCCCUAUAGCUGAUGAAAAUGUAGGAGCAAUCUUUAAACAAGAUGUUUAUGCAUUUGGGGUCAUUCUUUUGGAGUUGCUAACAGGAAAAGUACAAAACAAUGGAAUAGAACUUGCAAGUUGGGUUGUUUCUGUACUAAGGGAAGAAUGGACUGUUGAAGUAUUUGACAGAACUUUGAUCCAAGAAGGUGCAAGUGAAGAAAGGAUGGUUAAUUUGUUACAAGUUGCUGUUAAAUGUGUGAACCAUUCUCCUGAAGCUAGGCCUAGUAUCAACCAAGUUGCUCUCAUGGUUACCACUAUACGAGAUGAGGAUGACAGGUCUAUCGAUGCUUCUGCAAGUACUAGUACUAUCAUCUGAUCAGAAACAGUUCUCCUGAUGCUAGGACUAGUAUAAACCAGUUGCUCUCACGGUUACCACUACAUGAAACGAGGAUGACAGGUUCAUCGAUGUUUCAGAAAGAACUAGUACUAUCAUCUGACCAAAACCAAAUACUUCCAUCGCUUCAAACUGUUAGUCAUUUUUCUCUUCAAGAAUCUAGUUAACUAUUUGUUUAAGAUACAUAUUUGGACAAAGGAUGUACGUAUUAUUUAUCAUAAGCUCAUGAAUGACUUUAGACAUUCAACAUCAUGUUUAGCAGGAGUGAUAUUCUUCUAUGACACAGGUGUAGAAAUGCAAGCAGCACGUAUUGAGGAUAAAAUAAGAGAAGGUCGUUUAAGAUGGUGUGGUUAUGUCUUGCUUCAACCUAUAAAUGCACCGGUCUGUAUAUGUGAAACUAUGAUGAGUGCAUGUGUUAAAAAAAGACGAGGUAGACUUAAAAUCACAUAGCACGAAGUUGUCUCAAGAAACCUAUAAUUUCUUGGGG